AAAUGUUCACAAUUAUCAUUAUUUAAUAGAAAUAGUCUAAAACAAACUAAUUGGGCGACAAAUACAUGCAUACAAUUGCCCACAACUACUACUACUACUACUGGUAGGACCUACUACUCGACAACUGUUAAUUUAUUGUUGUUGAGUCAAAUGGCACCGUUGGUUGGCCUGGUUGGCGGUCGACUGGCUAAUAGAUAUUGGCAGAUUGACAGUGUAGGGUUCAAGUAUAUCAUCGGUCGCAAUAGACUUCUGGUCGCAUCAUUGACGGCCGCUUUGUUAGCCACUCUGUACGCCAUAUCCGAACGCUAUGGCAACAAAACACCGGUCACUGGCCGUCAACGGCAUGUAGUGUUCGACAAUAAGACCUACGAAGAGAUCAGUCAAUUGCUGUUUAAAGUGUUGACCAACGCCUACAAAGACAAGAUCUUAUCAGUCAAUCAUAAAUAUAGCAAACGGGUGAAGGAAAUAGUUGGCCAACUAUUGGAGUCAAACAAAGAGUUUGCCGAAAUACGGGAAAAAGAUUGGUCUGUUUAUGUGAUCGACGAUAGAAACAUACGCAAYGCUUUUGUGCUGCCGUCGGGACAGAUAUUUGUCUACACGGGUCUUAUCAAACUGUGCGAUAAUGAUCACCAAUUGGGUACCGUUUUGGCGCAUGAGUUGUCCCACGCGCUGUUAGGUCACGGCAAUGAAGUGUUAACUCAAGAGGUUUUGACUGAUUUGUUUCAAACUAUAGCAACGUUUGUGUUUUGGCUGCGUUUWCGACCGUUGCGGGCAUUGAUGGCCACUGUUGUCUGUUCGGUGAUAGUGAAGACCAGUCUAUUGCUGCCCCGUCGGCGGCUCAUUGAAGCUGAGGCCGACUUAAUUGGACUGAUUUUGUCGGCAAAAACGUGUUACGACGUGCGCGAGGGCAGCGCUUUCUGGAUGAAAAUGGCUGAACUCGAGCGACAAAAGUGGUCAAACAUGUUUUCUACACACCCGUCUAGUGCCGCCCGAUCGGAGAUAAUGGACACUUAUAUGGAUGUUAUGAUUGCACUAAUGAAAGAUUGCAAUUGUCCUGAAUUGUCGGCCAGUGAUCCGCGAAAUCGUGUCAAACGAAAGGUUUCGCCAGUCGGCCGAACAGUGUUUCCAAAGAUUGAUAAAUAA